CUCUCCCUCAUCAGGUGGGAGGAGCGUGUUGCUGCGGGACGCCGCGCGAUGCGGCAGUCCUCUCAAAACCUGCCGCUCCGACCAGCCGGACCCCUCCGAGCACCUGUAGGGUCACUUUACGCAGCGCCACGCUGCAGGAUUUACAGAGUCAAAUCAGUCAAUUAUGACCGAAGCCACUCGGAAACGGAGCCCCGCUGCGACAUAGACGCAUAUUGUCCAGGUGCGUCAAUUAGUCCAUUAUUCUCGAAGAAAAAGAUAACAGAACAUUUUUUACAAAAUUAUUUCUUAACAAUGGGAUUUCUCACAUUACCUACGUUUUAAAGAGAUUUCCUAAUGGGUUACUCCACACGAUCUUCAUUAAAUGUGCCAUCUUCCCCGGAUUCUUGAUUGGAGGGGGAAAGAAGGAUCUUGCUGGAUAUAACGAUGCAUCUCACAUCCAUGGUCGUAAUUUUGGUCGUGACGGGAAUCGCCAAAGGUUGGGAAUGCAGCGCAGGGUGCAACACAAUAAAUGGUUUCUGUGAGAAGCCAGGGAAGUGCAGGUGCAAACCGGGAUGGCAAGGAUUUAAUUGUGACCAGUGCGUGCCCUUCCCAGGCUGUCUGCACGGCGCCUGUGAGAAAGCAUGGCAAUGUGUCUGCGAGGACGGUUGGGCGGGCAGCCUGUGUGACCGAGAUACCCGACUUUGCUCAUCCAGGCCUUGUGCUGGCAAUGCCACCUGCAUAGAGACGGGGGAGGGGGGAUACCUGUGCAUCUGUCCCCAUGGCUACGCUGGGGAAAAUUGCAUACUGAAGAGAGAAUUGUGUCUCACAAAAAGCUCUCCUUGUCAGAACGGAGGCACAUGCACGGUUGCCGACGGCCCGGCAGGUUACUCUUCCUGCUCAUGUCCCCCCGGAUCGUCUGGAGAAUUCUGUGAGAUCAGCGUUGACAGCUGCCAGCCAAACCCCUGCCUCAACGGUGGCAACUGCACGAGCCACGGCCCGGCCUUCACGUGCGCCUGUCCGCUCGGCUUCGCCGGUUUCACCUGUAAUGACACCAGCCACUCGCCGUGCACCUCCAGGCCCUGUGCCAACAGGGGAAUGUGUGUCGCUCAGCCUGACGGAACCUUCCGCUGCAUUUGCCAGAAGUGGUUCGCGGGCCCCACCUGCUCCCUGCAGCACAGGCCGAAGGCCAGGCCCAAGCCGGGGCCCGGCGCCAAGCCCGUGGACCACCGAGUGUUCGCGCUGACCCCGCAACACUAUUCCCUCCCGGCUCACACCUUCCACAAGCUCCUCAGGCCGCCCGAGAGGGACCUGCUCAAGAUCACCCUGAAGGAGGCCGCCCACCCCCCGGGCGUCCUCGACACCCACGGCCAACUCAUCUGCUUCGGCAUGCUGGCCCUGCUCACCUGCAUGGUGAUCCUGGGCACCGCGGGCAUCGUGUUCUUUGGCCGCUGUGAGGCGUGGCUGGCCAACGCCAAGUACAGCCAGCUCGUUCGUCAGCAGAGGGAGCACCUGCUGAGGGAGGCCGGCGGCACGGGCCACGAGGAGCAGGGCCACUCGGUGAACGUCAUCCUGCCGGAGAAGAUUAGACUCACCAGCUUUGGGAGACACUACACCUCCAUCUGAUUUAAUCACCACUGCCUCUUCCGCAGAACAAACGUGGUGCAAAUGUCCCAAAGAACAGACCACGACUGUUGUACAGUUGUGUUAAUAAAGUGAGAGAGUGAUUAGUAGGCUACACUGGAGUAUAAUGGAAUGUAUAAUCGCAUUGAUAAACCAUAUACUUUUAAUAUCGUAAUGUUGAUGAAUACCUAUUAAAAACUUGUGAACUCAUACAAGAUGUUACCUACUGUAUGCCUGGUAGAAAGAUGCCAUCGUGGUGUAUUUUUAAUUUCAUUGUCGUGAUUUAACUGCUUUGUAACGUGUUAAUUCAUGUAACUGAUUUCUCUAUUUGUUAAAGGUGCAUUUUAAGAGAUAUGGAGCUUUUCAAUUGUCUCUCUUGGCUCCCAUCAUGACAAUAGUGGUGCUAACAAUACAAAAAACUAACAAAAGAACUGCAUAAAAAUUGAUGAGCGAGCUGACAAUGUUUGGCUGAGGGGGAAGCGCAGAUAUGGUGCAGUGCUUUCCUCCGCAAGCCUCUGCUUGAGUUAACCAUUUCACAUGCACUUGAAGCACACGGGCCUGGCGUGGCUAUAUGUCGAGAAAGCCUUCAGAAGCUAAGAUUAAAGCACACUUGGAGGCUAAAUUACUAUUUUCUCUGCUCAGGUAAGCAUUAUUCCACAAUAUUUUCACAAAAAAAUGCUCUGUAUCUUAUCAAUUUUAACUUUAACUAAUUGUUUUCAGAUUUCAUAACCUUGACUCAAACUAUAUAUAAAUAUAUAUACAGAAAUAUCUCAAAUGUAUUGUUUUCACCACUUUAGUCAACCAUACCCGUUGUCUGUGACCACUUGAAACACUAAUGUCUUAUUUCAUAGUAAAUGGAAUAUCUUAAAACAAUUCGUGAAGAGACAAUAAUUUUGAGAUCAACAAAAAAUAAGUACAUUUUCUCUCCUUGCAGCGAAAUGGGAAUUUACCAUUUCAUUUAUUAGAUAUAUGCCAUCUCAGCAGUGGUAAAUUAACACCCUGCAUAUCAUAACUGAUGUUAAGGUAAUUUUACAGUAUGUACCUGGAGGCAUUCUCUUGAACACCAUCAAAUUUUCUCCCUCUGCAAAUGAUGUACUUGAUGAAUGGCAUUAAAUAUAUUUUCAUAGAGGUUAAGACAGCUUAUUUCAUAGUUAAUCUGCAUCCGCAUGCGGGUAUUUGUAUGGAUGACAUGAAUCUUCACCUGUACCACCGUCACAAACUCAUUUACAGUGUCUCAGCUUUGCUAUUAUUGUUGGAAUUACAUGUCAUACAGGAUUUAUCUACCAGCCCAUUUAUAAUGCAACAUCUGUCACCUUUGUUGUUGGUUUGUCUCAUCAUGUAUGACGUGAUGAGACAUCUACUUAUGACUGAGGGGAGAAGCGCUUCCAUCAAUUCAUGGCAAACAAGAAAAAUAUAUUAUAUGUCGACCAGUGAAGAUAAAGUGGGAAGCAUAUUUAAUGCAAAAUAUUCAAAUGAACUACUGCUGACAUGAGGAUUACAGUGAUUUUAUAGUAGGAUAUUGUUUUCUGAUUUGUCUCACAAUGAUUGACCCAAAUUCAGCCCCCAUUCAUCCUUUGAGGGGAUGAUAAUCUGGUUAAAUGUGAGGUGUGGUUAUCCUGUGCUUUUCUCAUAACAAAGGCUUUCAGUUUGUGAAUUGCAUUGUGCAGUCGUAAUAUAUGAAUGAUUUUAAAUGUGUCAUUUCUACAAGGGGCAUUUGCUGUAACAGUGCAAUACUUAUCAAUAUUUACUCCAGUCUGAGAUUACUUGCUGUUGGGUUUUAGAUCUGUUCAUUGUUUUUAAUAAAUAUGGUAUAUGUAAAAUCCCCA